AUGUACGCCGCCAUGAUGGGCACGGUGUUCGUGUUUUGCUGGCUGGGCACCAAACUGUCCGAACAGGCUGAGAGCGUGCGAGAAGCCGCCUGGGGCUGUGACUGGGUGGGAACUCCUGUCUCAUUUCAGCGCUGUCUCGUGUUCAUCAUGGCUUCAUCUAACAAGGAGUUCACAUUCACAGCAGCGAAAUUUGUUCCUGUUUCCAACAAGACAAUGAUGAAUAUGAUGAAUCAGACAGCGUCUUUCUUUAUGUUUCUUCUCCACAUAAAAAGCAAGAAUGAAGAUCUGAAACAAGGAUUCUAGCUACGAUGGCACUUCGAAAACUUAUGUGCACUUUGCCGUUCUUAUUUAUGUUGCAGUAAUUCAAUAACUGCUUUUCAUGUCUUGUUUUACAUAAAUUAAGAAAAUGUGAAUUGUUACUGAAAUGUAGUUUCAGAAGAUCUUUGUGUAUGCAAACAUCAAUUUAAUGCAUCUAAAACAUAAUCACAUAAAUUAAGUAUUUAACACAGGAAAGGCAAAGAAAAAAUGUUAAAGCUACCCAUAUAGCAGGCCGUGGAGGCCCAUAGGUCGAGGCUCCCACAUUUGUUUAGAAAAUCAGAUCACAGAUG